AUGAAAUAAUAAGAAAUUAAUUAAUUUACAGUGAAUGAAAAAAUGAGUUAAAUUUACAAAUCAAGAAAAAAAACACACAAUCAGAAUAAAAAAAAGAAAAAUAAAUCAAGUAAAAAGCUAAUAAACUAAUUAAAAGAGUUAGUUAUAUCGUUUUAAAUACAUUUUUAUAUUAAAAAAUAUCUAAAUCUAAAACAAAUAAACUGUUUUUACUUAAGAUAAAGUUCCAAAUUUAAGAGGUUAGUGCACUUUCCUAAAGCAGAACCUAAACUUGAUGCAUCUUUAUCACCAAUUUUAUUUUCACUUUUUAUAAAACGAAGAAAAAAUAUUAUGUUAAAUAGUUAGUUUGAAAGAAAAAAUGAAGAAAAAAUAGGAAAUUAUAAGAAAUGA